AGAACUAGAAAAUGGCAUUUGAGGUUAAAGGCUUGUUAACACUGGUAGUAGUGGCAUCUGUAUAUAUUUUACCAUGUGAAUCACUCAAUCAUGACAUCAAAGAGAACUAUACACAGUGUUGGGACAGUACAGUAAUUUUGUCAUCUUGGGUUUGGGAUUGUGAUUGUGACUGUAAAUCUUGUGAAGACGAACUCGUUUGUUCUGUCCUAGGUUACAACUCCAAAUCACAGCAAAAUAGUCUUCAUGACGGAGUGCAAAAGGUGAUUGGAAAAGUCGAUGGGAUUGGAAUCAAAUCAAAACAGCUUGGAAGGGUUUCACGCAGAACUGGUAAUUUGAGUAUUAAAGCACAGGAACUGAACAGAGCGCUCGAAGCUAUUAGAGAUACUCAACGUUACAGAGGGAUGAAUGAGGGAGACUGAGUAACAAUAAAUAUACUAAAUAAUGCUUUACUCAGACGUCAGAGAACUUGAAAGAAAAUGACGAAGGUUCAACUUGAAAAUGUAUUGCUUGUACAGCUACAGUAUUGUAAUUUAUGUAAAUAAACCUGUUACACAAUUUCAUUCAGUCA